GCGGUUUCGCGGAGAGGCCAAAGAAGCGUCAACUGUGCGCUGCAGCAAACGAGUAAUACCUGGUUCGGCUUGUUUCUGUAUCUUUUCGGAGCUUUACUCUUGAGUAGGCGGCACGCAAUGAAUCGAGGUCAACCACAACCACCCCAGCGGCCACCGAGUCUAGCGCCCACUCCGGGCCUAGCUGGCCACUUCCGCGGCCCAUAUCCUCCCUCAUUCGGCCUCCCACCAAGGAACGUCAUGCAGGGCUACCCAAACCUACCAAACCACCGCACGCCACAGAGCAUGGUCUCGCAGCCAUCACCGAACUUCAUCCAGCAGCGCGCGCAGAGCACAUUCCCGUUCGGCAGCGCGCUGCAGCAGCAGCAGACACAGCAGCAGCCACAAACCCACCAGCACCAACAGACGAGCAUGCCACACACCCAGCAGACGACAACACAACCGUCGAACAAUACGAGCACGAGUUUACCCCCGCACCUGGCGCCUCAGACCGCACCUUCAACCCUAGGCACGGCACCCUCGGUGUCGUCAGCGAGCGAAGUCGGCCUGGAUCCGAACGACUUCCCAGCACUCGGUUCGACUACCACUGGGUCGGCGGCCACAUCGAAUAGCACGGCAACCGGCGCGACAGGAGGUGCUAGCUACGCGAGUCAGGCAGGGACGGGGGUGGCCUUGGGUGGGGUGGGCGGACAGGGUUCAUCGAGCACGUCAGGAGGGAACCAGAACCGCGACUUUACGCCGGACGACUUCCCCGCGCUAAGUGGGCAACCCCAGACAUCACAAACGCAACAAUCGGCACACCCGAGUCAACCGAAUCAAGAAGGUCACCCACCAGGGCUUAACGGGUUCGGUCAGCAAAAUAGCGAUCAGCAGCGGCAGACAUUGUUGGGUUCGCUAGGUGGCGUGGCUUCUACGCCAUCGCAGGCAGGGCAGCAGCAACCAGGGCUAUUAAAUCUGGGUGCGUCUCGAAACUUACAUUCCGGGUUCCAGUCGGAAGCAGAAAAGCAACGGGUACGCUAUGUUUCCCCUGCAGCGGGCGCGGGCUCGUAUCCGACACAGUCAUUGCAGCAAAACGGCGGCGGUCACAAUUCAGCGCCAAACCACCUACCACAGCAGCCCUCUCAGCAGCAUCUAAACGCACCGCCGGGCGUGCCUCCCCCAACCUCCUAUGUCCAGCAGCCAAUCGCGGGCCACCACCCAGCGCCAGGCGCAGGCCAGCAGGCACAGCAGACGCCCUAUCUAGGGAACGGGACACCAGCUGCUGAUGCUGCACAUGCGCAGGGAGGCGUGCCACAGACCCCUGCGCAACAAGUGCUAAUGUCUCCGGCGGACCGGUGGGGGCUAUUAGGGCUAAUAGCCAUGAUAAAGAAUGCGGAUCUGGACCAGAGCAUGCUAACGGUGGGUACAGAUUUAGGGACGAUGGGGAUGGAUAUGACGAAUACUGGAAAUCUGUACUCGACGUUCAUCACGCCCUGGGCGGAUUCAUCAGCGGCGCAUACGGUAGAGCCCGACUUCCAUUUACCAGCCUGCUAUAGCGUACACCCUCCGCCACCGGGGCCUGCCAAGGCUCAGGCAUUCAGUGACGAGACGUUAUUUUUCAUGUUCUACUCGUCUCCGCGGGAUGCCAUGCAGGAGGUUGCCGCGCAGGAAUUGUAUAACCGCAAUUGGCGGUACCACAAGGAGCUGCGGCUAUGGCUCACGAAGGAGGCGGGCCAGCAGAACUCUGUGAAGGUCAACGGCGGGGAGUCCGGGACGUACACCUACUGGGAUCCGGAGAACUGGGAAAAGGGCCGCAAGGACAUGAUGGUCAUGUACGCGGAUCUGGAGGAGAAGGCGCACCCCGCGUUCGCGCCUGGCCUGACCCUCCAGAUGCCAACGCAGUCCCAGCCGCAGCAGCUACCGCAAACGAGGGCUAACCUUCCGGCGAUCGUCACGUCGAUGUGA